UGAAUGUAAGUAAAUUUUUAGUGAACUUUGAACACCUGAUUUUCGUGUCGAUCAACCGUUUACCUGAUUCCUAACAAUUAGUAUUCUGAAAAUUAAGAACCAUUGACACUCCAGCAGACUAAAGAGUGAAGACGACCGGCCAAUCGAGAGGUGUGCUUGGAGAUGGCGAUAACCAGUUGUGUUGUUACCUCACUAUUUCUAACGAAUCCGACUAUGGAUACAAAUGACUUAGGUGUCAUCGUUCAACAAUUGCUACGUGAACAAGAGCAGCUAAGUCCAAGGAACUCACUAUAGAUCAAGUUUGGAAGUUCUGUUAAUAAGUUAUCUAGGAAUUCAAAAGUUUAAGCUUCUCGAAGAAUUGGUGAAAUUGCGAGAACAGCUGAGUGAACGGAGAAGCCAAGAACGGAAUCAGCUGUAAGGUUGAUGUUACAAUUCUGGUAGAAGGUUGUUUGUUUCAUUCGAAGAGAGGUUCGUUCUUCAGUUAGAACUUAAAAUAGUAUAUUUAUGGAGUUCGCCGUUUUAAUAACGUCGUCGUGGACCGAUUGAGAACAACGUAGUACAUUCUAAUAUCAUUCGCUAAAGAUGGAAACGAUAAACAUCCAUAAGUAAAUACAGCGUCACCUGUCAAACUUUAUUUAGUGAGGUCAACCAUUAAACCAAAGUUAUAACACAGUCUGUAUGGUGUAGUAUAAACUGAAACUGUCCUAUCUGAGGCAAAUGGCAAAAGAUGAAACAAAAGAAUUGUCCCCAUCAAAUGAAGUUAGAGAUGCUGAUUCUGACGAUUCUGGAGAAACUAUAUUUUUACCACCAGAUGGAGGCUGGGGAUGGGUUGUGGUUUUCUCAUCAUUCAUGAUCCAUGUAAUAGCUGAUGGUGUGAUGUAUACUUUUGGAAUAUUCUACGUAGAAUUUCUAAAAUAUUUUCGUGAAAGCAAAGGAGUGACAGCAUGGGUAGCUUCCAUAAUGGUUGGCAUGGUCUUUACAGUAGGUCCUAUAGCAAGUGCCCUCACCAAUAAAUAUGGCUGUCGUCUUGUAACCAUCGCCGGAUCGAUCUUAGCGUCUUUCGGAUUGUUUAUCAGCGUAUUUGCUCCAAAUGUAAUAUUUCUGUACUUCACCAUUGGCAUCUUCACUGGAGCUGGAAUAGGUCUGAUGUAUCUUCCUGCUAUUGUUUGUGUCACAUGUUAUUUUGAAAAAAAGCGUGCAUUUGCGACCGGAAUUGCUGUCUGUGGCUCUGGAUUUGGAACCUUUGCUCUAGCACCACUGACCGAAUGGUUAGUAGAAUAUUAUGGAUGGAAAGGUGCCAUGAUGAUUAUAUCAGGUCUACUGCUCAACUGCAGUGUUUUUGGAUCACUUUUCAGGCCUUUGGAAGGAAUUAAAUCAAUAAAAAAAAAUUGCACCCAAAUUCAUGCUUCUCAAUCAGAAUCACAAAAACUUUGUGAACAAUCAAAAGAUAACAUUAUGAAUAAUAUAGACACAAAUAAUGAAGCACAACUGAAAACCAAACACAGCCUACAUGUUGAUGGGAACACCUUAAAACCUGUCCAAUCCCACCCAGAUCUGACUGUUACAAGUUCUUACUUAAAAGGAAGAUUUUCACCUCAGGAUCUGCUGGUGGCAAAGCGCAGAAACAGUGCUUUUCCAAGGGUAGGAUCACCAUCACCAGAAAAAAUUUCUGGAAUCUAUAACAGGCAAAGUAACUACCAUCAGAACAAACACCAUCAUCAUCAUGGGGUCUUAUACCGGAAGGAUAUUUUCUACAGUGGAAGUCUUAUCAAAAUUCCUGAAUUUCACUCUUCCUCAGCAGUAUAUACUACAAGUAUUACGUCAAUCCCUAAGGAGAUUCCUACAAAAGAAGAAUGGAAAAUACUCAAGUGCUUUCAUUGCCCUAAAGAAAUGAGAGAUGCUUUCCAUGAGAUGAUGGAUUUUUCCCUUCUUAAAAAUCUUGUUUUUCUUUUGUUUGGGCUUUCCAAUUUUUUCACAAACAUAGGGUUUAAUGUUCCUUAUGUGUACAUCAAAGACAGAGCCAUAAGGUUGGGUAUUGCAGGAAAUGAAAAUGCUAGUCUUCUACUCUCAGUCAUUGGAAUUGCCAAUACUGCAAGUCGGGUGAUUUUAGGUUACCUGUCUGACCAGAGUUGGGUGAAUCGGCUGUGGUUGUACAACUGUAGUCUGACACUCUGUGGUAUUUCCACUGCACUAAGUUCUUUCUCUAAUACUUACAUUUUGAUGGCUGUCUAUGCUGCAGUAUUUGGUGCCACAGCAGGUGCAUACGUUAGUCUUACAUCUGUCAUCUUAGUGGAUCUACUUGGCUUGGAUAAACUGACAAAUGCCUUUGGUUUACUUCUUGUUUUUGAAGGAGUUGCCUCUCUUAUAGGCCCUCCAAUAACAGGAUGGCUGUAUGAUGGAACAGGCUCUUAUGACCCUGGAUUCUAUGUCUCUGGGGUUAUGAUAGCCCUAAGUGGGUUGAUGAUGUUUUUUAUACCUUGUGUUCAGAAGUUCCAGAAAUUUCCUACCCAGUCAAGUGGCCAAGUACAGAAAGUUUGAUAUACACUUAAAAUCAAACUUUUUGUCAUAUAUUUGUGUAUGUAUUCUUUCUGAAAUACUGAUAUAGAUUCUUCAAAUAGAAAAAUUAAGGAAAAAAAAAUAUUCUAAUACAAGCUGUAAUAAAUAUUUACUUCCAUGAUACCCUCUAAAGAAGCCUUUCUUCCCAUCCGUAAUCUUAAUACUAAAUAAAAAUUCUAGUUGUUUUUAGUAAUCUUUUGUAUACUGUUAUGUCAUUUUGUGAAUUUUUAUCUUCUAAAUAUUUUAUCAUUACAAAAGUAAUAAUGAUAUAAUUAGACACACAAUUUAUUUUAUUUUUCAUUACCUAGAUAUUUAAUUUCAAAAACAUUGUUCAAAUGAAUGUAUAAAGUUAGCUAGAACCUAGUAAUUUCCUAAGAAACAUGCAAGCUCUUCAUGUGGUUAUAAGUUUUUGAAAAUAUUACACUUCGAUAAUUAAAAAAGAAAAUAAUUAUGCGAAAUUUUAAACUACAGGAGUUCUUUGAAAGCUGUUGGUUCCCAUCACUUUCCAUAAGAUUACUUUUACUUCAAAUAUGCCAAUUAUUUAUUUUGUUUCAUAAGUCAGCUGUUGAAUUGUUGUAGUAAUGUGUCUGAAAACAUUCUACUUGGAUUCAGUACACUGCAAAAACUGAGGCUUUGUAAACCUAUCUUAACUUGAAAAUAAACAAAAUAGAUUCAUAAUCACGUGACAUGUGCAUACCAUAUUUAGCAAUUUUUUUCCUUUGUAAGUUUUGCCCCAGUUCUCAGCCUUGUGAAGACAUAAAACAUUCAUGUUCUGUAUUUGUCUCUUAGUUUUAAAUAAUUAUUUUCAAUCUAUAUGUAUGCUAGCCCAAUUGUAUUUAGUCUAAAUGUUUCUCCCAAGUCAUAUUUAUGCCUUCUUCUCCAAUAUGAUCAGGGUUAUAACUUUAGAUAAAUUAUAGUACUAGCAUUAGCAUUUUUUGGAGAGUAUCUAGGGAGGAGAGACUAUGUUACAAGAAUUAUAUUGCUUUGAAGAAUGUAGUUUUAAGUAACUACCGCAAGAAAACUUUUGUUGACUAUACAGGAAUAAAAAAUAUUUUCCAACUUGGAUAUAUAUCAGUCAUGUCAAACUUUUUUUUUGUCCAAUAACUUUUAUCUAAAUCUUCCAGAAGCAGAAACUGAAUAUUAUGCAUUUGUUAUUAUUUAUCUGUCCCAUUUUGCAAUUACUCUUUGAUCAAUAUUUAUCUACGUUUGUAGAAUUAUAAGCCUCUUUGAUCAGGCAGGUUGUUUCUGUUAUUAUAUUUUUGGUGAUACCUCUCUGCAAAAAUGAAAGAUAAUACAUAGUCACAUAAAUUUAAAACAUGUACAAUAAAAUCUUUGAAUAAGCUUUGUAGGUCAUAAGAAAUUUUGACCUCUUCAUUUUUAUAGAAUUAAGAAAAGAUCUAAAAAACUGUAUAUUUUAAAAUACAGGUAAAAUUGUGGGCAAUAUGCAGGGUGACCCAAAAGUAAUAUUACCCUGAUGUUCAAUAAAUAUGUUUUUUUUUUCAAUCAGUACUGGAGUAAUUGCAACAGAAGUUGCUAUGAUGAAAUGAGUCUUUUUUUUUAACUGUCUUAUUUCAUUAUUAUAUACUUUAUGUGUUUAUGGCAUGUUAACUGGAUACAGUCUGACUGCAUUUCAUUUUGCAGUCCCAUUAUCUAUGAUCCAUCCUGUAUUCUAAGUGCUUAUCUUUGGUCAAAAUACAAAACCUUAACAUUGUGCAAGAUAUUAUUGAAGUUGAACAUCUGAACUGUACAGUAACUUGAAGUAGAAUAAUAGCUUUAGUUAAUUUCUUAUUAUUAUGGAUGUCUAUUUUUUUAAUUAUGUCAUCAAAAAUAAUCCAAAAAUUUUGUUCAAUAAAACAGUAAUUGUAUAAAUAAAAUACUUCCAUUCUUUGCUACUUAC